AUGGACGGCACCAAGCGAUCAUCAACAUUUGAACAGCUGGAAAAUAGCCGUUUGACGCAAAUCCGUGAUGCAUUCAGUGUGUUCGAUCGAGACGGAGAUGGUCGCAUAACGGUCGAUGAAUUGGGUGAAGUGAUGCUCUCUCUGGGCGAACAUCCGGCCGAGAAUGAACUGAAACGCAUGAUAUCGGAAUUUGACGAAGACGGCAAUGGUACCAUCGAAAUGGACGAGUUCAUUCGGUUGAUGGCUCGAAAGGCACGCGAUCGAGAGGCUAGUGAGCAUGAACUACGCAGGGUGUUUAGGGAAUUCGAUAAAGAUGGCGAUGGUUACAUCUCAGUUGACGAUCUCCAGUCGUUGAUGGCACAUCAUGGUCGUAGUAUCACCCAACAAGAAGCUGUUCAAAUGCUCAAUGAAGCCGACNUUUUUUUUUUUGCUGAAAUAUGA